GUUUUGUGGAUGACGCCACCAUUGUGACAGUUUCUGAGGAAUUGAGUCUUGGCUGGAGAAGGUUUGGUGUCCGUUUGGGACUUAAGUGGUCGAAAGUGAACGUGUUCAAUGCUGAUGGUACACAGACUCAUAAGGCUGCCGAAAGUAUGAUGAAUUACUGGAGGAGCAACAUCAGUAGUGAUAUUCAUCAACGUAAAGUGUUGUGCACUGCUCUACAACACCAUAAGCUCAGGCAACUAGCUGAAGUAUUGUUUGAGGGUGAAGUUAACGAAAAUCUCGUCAUUCAACAAGCAGGAAAAUAUUUUAAUGAUCAAGAUUUGCUGUUCAUUUGUGACAACGUGGAGUCCGGAUCAUGGAAGAGACUGGGAGUGCAUCUUGGACUCAAGUGGAGUGAUAUUAAUAAGAUAGCAAAAAACAACAAAUUGGUGGAAGACCGCAUCAUGGAAUUGCUGGUUACUUGGAGGGAUAAUCAAUUAAAGAGCCAACAAAUACCAAUCAUGAUGAACGGUUUGAGACAACAGAAGCUCCUUAGACUUGAACAACGUGUACGUGAAAGGCAUGGCUACAGUGACGACUCAGAAGUUAUACCAACUCAGAUAAAUCUGCCGCAAAUUCCAACGCAAGGGCAAG